GGGCCAAUGUUUUGCCCACAGUUAAAAUGGCCACUGCGCCCCUCCCCUCUCCCAGUUGUGUUGACAGAUCAGAAAUGAAGUUCCACUUUUGCCCUUGUGACUGACAGUUCCAGGGGACAGGGGCAGCUCAGAGAUCGAGUCACACGGAGACUUUGGACUUGGGCUCCCGGGAGCAUUUCCCAGCAGGGCAGAUAAUGUUGGCUUUCAUAGCAAGGAGCAUGAGUAAAACACUCGUGUAAGUUGGCAGUUUGAGCCUGCAUGUAUAUUGCACUGGGGAGCUGGGAAUACAGGUUAAUCUUAAAGAGACAGGUAAAAAGGUACCCUAUUUUGGGGCCAGCCCACUCCCAGCAAUGGAAGACAAGUCCGUGUCCAUUAAGGCUAAGCCGGUGCGUUUGGUGAAGCCCGUAUCACUGGUGAAGUUACCCGGGAGGUACCUGGCGCACCAGGAGGGCCUACCCUGCCUACCAGUGCCCCCGCUGCAGCAGACCUUGGACAAGUAUUUGCUGGCGCUGAAGCCUCUAAUCAGCCAGGAGGAAUGGAGCCAUACCAGCGAGCUAGUGGAGGAUUUCCGAACAUCCGGCGUGGGCGAGCGCCUGCAGAAAGGGCUGGAGAGGAGAGCCAGGAAAACGGAAAACUGGCUGUCGGAAUGGUGGCUGCAUACAGCCUAUCUGGAAUACCGUAUGCCAGUGGUGGUCCAUUCCAGCCCGGGGGUGGUAUUACCCAAGCAAGACUUUGUGGAUCGUCAAGGACAACUAAGGUUUGCUGCCAAGCUAAUUGAAGGUGUUCUGGACUUCAAGACCAUGAUAGACAAUGAGACCCUUCCUGUAGAACAUCUAGGCGGCAAUCAACUUUGUAUGAAUCAAUAUUACCAGAUCUUAUCAUCUUGCCGCAUUCCGGGUCAAAAACGCGACUCUGUUGUCAAUUACAGUCGGGCCAGCAAGCCCCCUACCCACAUUACUGUGGUCCACAACUUCCAGUUUUUCGAGCUGGACGUGUAUAACAGCGACGGGACGCCUCUGACAUCGGAUCAGAUUUUCACUCAGCUGGAAAAGAUAUGGGGAACGUCUCUGCAAACAAACAAGGAGCCAAUCGGAAUCCUAACUACCAAUCACAGGAACAGCUGGGCAAAAGCCUACAAUAAUCUCAUCAAAGAUAAAAUCAAUAAGGAAUCAGUGCGCACAAUCCAGAAGAGCAUCUUCACCGUUUGCCUCGAUGCCCCCAUACCGAGGGUCUCCGACGACCUGUACAAGAGCCGUGUGGCUGCUCAGAUGCUGCACGGGGGCGGGAGCCGAUGGAACAGUGGGAACAGGUGGUUUGAUAAAACACUUCAGUUUAUAGUGGCUGAAGAUGGGUCAUGUGGACUGGUGUAUGAGCAUGCUCCUGCCGAGGGGCCGCCUAUCAUCGCCUUGGUCGAUCACGUUGUGGAGUACACAAAAAGGCCUGAGAUGAUUCGCUCACCAAUGAUUCCCCUGCCAUUGCCGAAGAAACUGCGCUUUAACAUCACUCCGGAAGUUAAGAAUGACAUUGAGAAAGCCAAGCAGAACCUCAACAUAAUGGUUCAUGAUCUGGACGUUAAAGUCUUCGUCUUUAGCGUAUUCGGGAAAAAUUUCCCCAAGUCAGAGAAAAUGAGCCCGGACGCCUUUAUACAAGUGGCCCUUCAGCUUGCCUACUACCGGAUGUACAAGCAAGUAUGUGCAACCUACGAGAGUGCCUCUCUCAGGAUGUUCCGCCUGGGAAGAACGGAUACCAUCCGCUCGGCCUCGAUUGAUUCAAUGAACUUCGUGGAGUCCAUGGAUGAUCCGAGUAAACAGAACCAGGAGAAAGUGGAUCUACUUCGAAAGGCUGCACAAGCUCAUCGUGCUUACACUGACACGGCUAUAAGUGGCAAAGCUAUAGACAGGCACCUCUUGGGACUGAAGCUUCAAGCCAUCGAAGAUCUCGUCAGCAUGCCAGAAGUCUUUAUGGAUACAUCAUAUGCAGUGGCGAUGCACUUUAACCUCUCAACCAGCCAGGUACCAGCUAAGACAGACUGCGUCAUGUGCUUCGGCCCCGUUGUCCCUGAUGGUUACGGCGUAUGCUACAACCCCAUGGAAGAUCACAUCAACUUUUCGGUCUCCGCGUUCAACAGCUGUGCUGAGACAAACGCCGCUAGACUAGCACAUUACCUGGAGCGGGCGCUCUGUGACAUCCAGCAGUUGGUGCAGCACACCCUAAAAUCCAAAUUGUAAGGCAGGGUCUAACCGAGCAUUGCUAUUGGCUGUGCUUUCACAGAAGCCUGCCAAUGGGAAGAGCUCGACAGUUUACCGACAGUUGCGGGGAGGUUAGUUGUGAGACUGCACGUUUGAGGCCGCAUCAUCAUUAGAGAACUCUAUAGAAGAGAAUAAUUUGCCAACAAAUUCCAUGGAAUGAAGUGAGAGGAAGCAAUGAAUGAAUUUCUAUGAAUUCCAGGCACCCAAGUCAAAAACAUGGCUGCUUCCUAUUCAUUUAGUAAUGGGCCAUUUGUUUAUGUUUCACCAAAAUAAUUGGAAAUUCAGUAUCACCUUCACAUUUGUGUUUCCUAUAAAGCAAUCGAUGAUUUUAAAGGGAAUAUAACCCUUAGGUACAGAUGAAGCCUCCUCCAUUUAUUAUGCCCCAAAACCAUGCUGCACCAGACCACUAAUAACUCAUAUUGUUUCCUAUGUGGACAAUCUAAUCAACCGGUCCAUGCGGUUUGCCUCAUACAAAAGAAUGCAAAUUAUUCCUUUCCACACUACAAGUUGCUCAUUUUGCACCAUCUCAAAUACUACAGUAUGGAAACAUCGGAUACUGUGUGUCUAAAAUAUUCUUGCUCAGUCCACAACUGUUCCAUGCGCCGAUCCCAAAAAGAGGGUGGCUUAGCUAUGCUGGUGGCGGGUUAAGUGAAAAUAUUCUAUGUAGACCCCAGAUGGCUGCCCACAGGUGCCUACAUGUAAAAUAUGGCCCUGGCCACAGCAGCAUUACAUAGGCAGAGGGAUGUGAAUAUCUAUGGGGAACGACUUUAGCUGGAGAUAGCAACAUGGCAGCUGCCUCUUUACUAGGGAUGCACCCAAUCCACUAUUUUGGAUUCGGCCGAAUUCUUUAGUGAAAGAUUCGGCUGAAUACUGAACCGAAUCGGAAUCCUAAUUUGCAUAUUAGAGGUGGAAAGGGGAAAACAUUUUUUACUUCCUUGUUUUGUGACAAAAAGUCACGCUGUUUUCCUCCCUGGCCCUAAUUUGCAUAUUCAAAUGAGGAUUCGGAUUUGGUUUGGCCGGACAGAAUGAUUCGGCCGAAUCCUGCUGAAAUAGGCUGAAUCCCGAACGGAAUUCUGUAUUCGGUGCAUCCCUACUCCAUGUACUUUAGAGUCUCAUUUCAGGGGGAAAAAAACCAGUGCUGACUUCUACUUAUAAACAAUGAGAAUUAAAGGAAAACCGAAAAGAAUCUGACUAGAAAUGUGUAUUUUAUAUACUGAACUUACUGUACCAGGCCAGAAGUUCAGCAGCCCUAGAACAGUAAUGAUCCAGCCCUUCAAAGUUGUCCCCAGCAGAUCCCCAUCUUCUUGUGUAUGUCAGUGGCACUGCACAUGCUCAGUGUGCUCUGGGUUGCUGCUGAGAAUCGAAGCUUAGGGGCCACUAGAAACCAUCAAAACACAAGCAAAAAGUCCGUUAGAGUCCUGCGCGGAACCUAUUUCUAAGACCGUAACCUGCAUAUUUACCCAUUUUGAUCCGCUACCCGACCCCGCAACUGCCUUAUCCACAACCCGACCUGCAACCCGCCGACCACCAUCAAACCAGAAGUGACGACAUCAAAAGUGGGCGGGGACAGAAACAAAUUUUGUGAAACUGUAAAAGGAGUGAAAUUUAGAUGAGACCCGCGGGUAUACCUGCACCUGAAAAUCCUCCCCUCAUUCCGCAGGGUGCCUGCUUUUUUUGCGGGUAACCGACCCGCUGCAGGACUCUAACGUCCAUCAUAGAGGCUCAUUAAUAAUCAAUUCUGAAUUCACUGGUUUUUAAGCUGCUGUGUAAUGUGAAUCUGAUGAUGAGCCUUGCAAUGUGUAUUUUACUGUAUAUAUACAGUAUAUUGUGAGUGGGUCCCUAUCCCCAAGCUCAGGUAGGUGACAGCAGAUCAUAGCAGGUGCUCUGAAUCAGUAGGAAGAAAGAUGGGGAGCUGCUGGGCAUACUCAGAGGCACAGGUCUUCCCUGCUAAAGGGCUGGUUGGUACAGAAGCCUAAACAAGUGAGAAAUAUCAGCUGCAAAGUCAGUUUUGACCCUCUUUAAGUAGCCCGUCCUCCAUAUUUGCUCAAGUCAAUAUAGAAUACCGGUAGUUUUUUUGUAAAUGAAAAAUCUGUGGGUGGAGACUUGAAUGUAUCGUUAAAUAUUGGGUAAAGCCUUUACCGUUUUUAUAAAUUCCUUAAAUUCUGUUAACAGGAAACGAUGGCCUUGUUUGUCUGUGUUUCUUGUCAAUGGUUUCUAAUAAAUAUACGAAUAUCAAUCA